CCACAUACCACUGUCAAUGUCCAUGAGGGAAGAUUAAUGAACACGGAGCUCUUCUUGCUUUUUCUCAUUGGAAUUCACUUAACGUGAUAAACAGUUUAUCUACCUUAACAAGGUGGAACAAAAUUCUAAUAAGUUACCUUGAGGCGACGUCAAUUACAACUGCUGAAAAAGAUGCAUUAUUUAGUGUCAUUUUUCUUCUUUGUAAUUGUUAUCGUAAUCAAAUUUGUGGCAUGUAUAGAAAAUUCAACGCCUCCUCAACAACGCAAGACAGAGAGUGUGAAAGAGAGUAACAAUUCGGAAUCGACAGUGGCUUCCUUGCCAACUGGAUGGGACGAUUUUUGUAUGGAGAAAACUGAAUACACUUCUACUGAAACGAUGUCUUUUAAGUGUACCAUUGACAGAAAUAACUCUGGACGAUGGAAUUAUGACGAAUUAAGGGAUCACAUUGCUUUGAAGAAACUGAAAUAUAAAUUUGAUAUCGAAUGUGAAAAUGGGGCUAAUAUUACAUUGAAAUGGCCUUUCAAAGCCAUAAAUCUCAUAGAAAUAAUAGUGCAGAACUGUCUGCUUGAAGACUUCUACGGUGACUAUGAAAAUAAAAUGCUGGCUACCUUUGCAGAUGAGCUGCAAUACCUUCGUCUGACAGAUGUCGUUGCUAUGGUGAGUAUAUUUGACCUAAUUUACCUGGCUGGUGAAAUAGUAAAUAUCACACAAGAUGCCAUGUGUGGAAAUGACGAGAGUCUCAUUGAACAUACAAUCAGCAAUUUAACGUAUAACUUUGGAGCCUCCACGGAGACGUUUUUCCAGAAUUUGUUAAACGAGACCACGGGUGAGCACAAUGUAGAAAAGGACCCCGUGUUGAACGAUGUUCCGAAAAUGUACAACGAGGUCCUUAGGGUGGAACAUGUAUGUAAUUAUAAACACCUGAGGAAGUAUGAAUACAGUAUUAACUCUUCUCCAGGCUCAUUCUUUAUUGACUUGGAAACAGAGAGAUCUAAAUAUCCAGUUCUGGAAAACUUGAACUUUUCUUUUACUCCUUUUGGAGAAAAGUAUCCGCUGGAUAAUUUGCUGAGGAACUGGGUUAGUAACUACCCUUCACUUCAGACCAUGGAUAUUUCUCACUGCAAUCUACAAGAGUUAAAUUUCAUCGGUUUUCUCGAUACCAUGAAAAGAAGAGAUGACAAGAUACUGCUUGUAAAUCUAACAAACAAUAGAAUAAAGGAAUUGAAAGUUUCAGUUCUUGAGACUAUAAUUGAUGAACACCGAUUGUUCUUAAAUUUUAGUCAGAAUCCUUUAAACUGUUCUUGUACGGAGGAUAUGAAGGAGCUCAUAAGAUUUAUUCAAGGAAGAGAGAAAUGGGCAUUAGAGAAGUACGCUAGAUACGCGUACAUCAGAGAAAUGGGAUGUUUCUUUCCUGAGUCUUUAAAGGGAACCCUUUUAAAGGACCUAUCUGAAUCAAUGUUGAUGUGUAAAAAUGACUUCACAUUUACAGAAACUAUUCUUCUAGAAGCUGUAAUUACCUUAAGUUUGUUUUCAAUAUUGCUAUUAGUGGUUAUUAUAAUAUUACUUGUGUUUCGAAGGGAAAUACGCAUUCUGACCUAUACGAGAUUUCACAUACUGUUGCCAUGCCAACCAGAGGAAGUAUUCGAAGAGAAAAAGUUCGAUGCUUUUGUUUCUUACAGCAAUCAGGACCACGACUGGGUCAGUGAUGUGUUUGAAAACAAUAAAUUAGAGGUACUAAAGGGCUUUAAAUUUUGUUUACAUCACAGGGACUUCAUGGCAGGUAAGACCAUAACAGAAAACAUCAUAGAUAGCAUUGAAAGCAGCAGACACACCAUUGUGAUCGUGUCGCGGCAUUUUCUGGACAGCAAUUACUGCCUCUAUGAAUUUGAAGAAGCUCUAAGACAGAGUUUAAGUGAAAAGAAGCGUCACUUGUUAGUGAUUUUAAUGGAGGAGAUAUCACAGAAUAAAAUGCCAAAAGUUUUGCAAGCCUGUUUAAAGACAUUCACCUUCAUUAAAAAAGAUGACAAAAUUUUUAUGGACAGAUUGAUUUAUUCUCUCUCCUAUAAAGGACGUGAUAGUGUGCGGAGCGGAUCAAAAUAUAACGCUGCCUAUGAAAAUAAGGCGUGUGACGAAACUAAAAAUCAGGAGAACAGUUUAACAUUUAAUAAGAACGUUAAUCAGAUUGGUUUUCCCCAAGGGAAUGUUGAUAAUGAGAAAAACAAACAUUAUAAUAUGUUUCCUUAAAGGUGCAUGGACACAGUUUGAAGUUAAUAUUUUCUAUAUAAUAUUACGACUUAUAUAUUUUAAUAGCA